GAAAGCAAAGAUGGCGGUAACUUUAGUGAAGGUUGCUGGUAAGUUUAUUAUUGGCGGCCUUGCAUUGUAUGGAUUGUCAGAAGUGUUAAGUUCACAAGACGACACAAUAAAACAGCUCUCGAUGAUUGACAGUAAAACUCGUCAAAACAUUCCCGUUAAUUUACCUGAGCUUCCAACAACUACAAAAAUUAGGCAGUCUUGGAAUAGUGGAGUGCAGAGAGUUUUUGGGGGACUGGAGCAAGUACCAGUAGCAGCAUGGGAGUUGGGCAAAAAGGGAGCUUCUAAUGCAAAAGAAUUCAUCAAAGAACAAAUGAAAUAAGGGUUAAAUACCUGCCAUUUGUUGUCAUAAGUUAUGACACUCACAUUAGCUAAAUGAAAGAGAGUGAUCAACUUAAAAGACCUUGGAGAUGUUGAUUGAGAGUUGCCUAAGUCCAGCUGCUAUCACAAAAUUCUCAACUCUCGUUUAUGUAUUAAACUGAAGUUUGUUAAGUG